UGCAAACAACCUGCAGCGGCAGGAACUUUCUGAGCUGCUCCAGCUGCAUGUGUUCAAGGUGCCUUUGAUGUGCGUGCAGCAGCUUCUGGAAAGUGGACUGCAGCUUCCCCACUCGUCAGCCCUCCCUCUCCCCCACCCUUCCCAACCUCCCCUCCCACCACCGCCACUUCAGCCCACACACGCAAUUUAUUUCAGAAGGGAGAGGGGGGAAAAAAAAAAAAAGUGAUGAAAUGAGCAAGAAGUGGUGAAUUACCACAGCGACUUUUCUGUAAGAGCGAACGAGCUGGGAAGAGGAGCAGCGGCGAGCCACGGGCACCCACCGGGCACCCACCGAGGACCGCGGGGGCUGCCUGGUUGGCGGAGUGUGAACGCGGCUCCGCAGCGAGAUGCAAAAAGCCUUAUCUGCUUGCAUUUGACUCGCGAUGCCGGCUCCUCACUAGAAUGCAAACGCUUUCACAGGAUGAAAACAGGUCAUUCUUCCAGAAUGCCAGAGGAAAGUUCGCCAAAGCGGAGUCCUCAAAACAUCCCAUACAAGGACCUGCCCCAUAUCAUCAACGCUGAUGGGCAGUAUCUCUUCUGCAGGUAUUGGAAACCAGCAGCAACUCCCAGGGCUCUGGUGUUUAUCGCUCACGGUGCUGGGGAACACUGCGGCCGCUAUGACGACUUGGCCCAGAGGCUGGCAGAACUUAACUUGUUUGUUUUUGCCCAUGACCAUGUUGGUCAUGGGCAGAGUGAGGGUGAUCGUAUGGUUGUCUCAGAUUUCCACGUCUUCAUCAGGGACAGCUUGCAGCACAUUGAUCUCAUGAAGAAAGAGUACCCUGAGCUGCCUGUUUUCAUUCUGGGGCACUCCAUGGGGGGAGCCAUCUCCAUACUGACAGUUAGUGAGAGACCCAGCGAGUUUUCAGGCAUGCUGUUAAUCUCUCCUUUAGUGGUAGCCAGCCCAGAAGUUGCCACUCCCAUCAAGGUUUUUGCAGCAAAAGUGCUCAACUUUGUUCUCCCAAACCUGUCACUGGGGUCCAUAGAUCCAAAUGCAAUUUCCCGGAACAAGAAAGAGAUGGAGUCUUAUACAUCUGAUCCCUUGGUCUACCACGGUGGCAUGAAGGUCUCUUUUGUCAUCCAGCUGAUGAAUGCCAUUGCCAGAAUUGAGAGAGCUCUGCCCAAGCUGACUUUGCCCAUCCUGGUGCUCCACGGCUCUUCUGACAAGCUCUGUGAUAUCAAAGGGUCCUAUUUACUGAUGGACACAGUGCAGAGUCAGGACAAAACACUCAAGGUGUAUGUGGAAGCCUAUCACGCCCUCCACAAAGAGCUGCCUGAGGUAUCUACUGCUGUCUUCACAGAAAUACUGACAUGGAUUGGCCAGAAGAUCUCAGAACCUGGGGAGAGCAGCCAAACUUAAGAGCAAUUGUUUUUGCACCUUGUACUGGGGUUUUCUGGUAAUCGAUGCUUCUCUUAAUGGAAGUCUCUCCAGAAAAGGUCUAACAUAGAGGGACUCUUGGGAUAUUUUAUCAUGCACAGCUUAAGGGGGGGGGGGGAGGGGGGAAGAGGCACAGGGUGGGGCACUACUCGGUGAUGUAAAUGGCCAUUGCCCUAAUCUGGGGAAGAAUUGAUAACUGUAAGGGCAGUUGUCACAGCUCUCCAGGUUGGGUGAUUUUACUGAAAUGCCCCUCAUCCACUAAACUUCCCCUAUCACUUCCCCUUCUCUGCUUUUGCUGGGGUGACAGGGGUGUAUUUAUACUGCAAUAAUUUUUGGUAUGUUAAAGAAGCCAGUAUCUUCCACUUAAUGGUUUUAAUUCCACAGUCCCUUCCCUGGCCCCACCAUUCAGUACCUUAAAACCCCUGGGUCCUUGAGAGGAGAGCAGUAUGGAGGUGCUGGGUAUGAAGAAGAGGCUGAAAAAUGGGAGCUGACAGCUCCCUGAAGGUGAAAGGCUGGUUUUCAAGGUCAGAGCUCUUUGGAUACUGCCUUCAUAAGCAGGGCAGGGGAGAGUAUGAAGAGAGUCUCCUGCAUGUCCUCUAUGAGUUUGCACUUGGGGAAAGUGUGUUGAGCAGCUCUUUAAUUUUCACCAUCAGAGGAGGAUCCCAGAGGGAAGAGGAAGAACAUGCAAUCAAACCCACUCAGCACAUUCAAAACCCAUGCUUUUCCCAGUGCCAAACCCUAUCUCCUCUGCAAGAUGAACUAUGCUAUAAAUAUUCUUGGGGGCUGCUUUCUUAAUUUCUUUUUUUUUUUCUUUCUCUUGGAAUUAAUCACUUAUGCUACUGAAACAGCAAAGUUAUAAGAGAAUAUAUAGUAAUAUAAUAUAUGAUGUAUAUAGAGGUGGCUGGGAGCUGGGGAAGAGGUGGGAAGAGAGUCUAAAGAAGGGGUUAAUUGUUCCUUCUCUUGGCAAGGAAUAAUGUUGUCCUAUCAGGAUCCAGUCCUCUCACCAUAACUUUACAGUCAUAAUCUGUUGUUUUCCUUCAUCAGUUGGAAAAUAUCCUGAAAAUAAUGCUGGAGAGAAGCAGAGCAUCUGGUAGGUGGGGAUUAGCAGUGGGUGUCCUCAUGGUCCACUGGUUUAGCAGGAGGCCCACCCCAUGAACAGAGAUCUCAUCCAAGCUCACCCCAAUCUCCUCAUAAUCAGCAUAAGCACCUCUGGGGCAGAUCAGAGAGCAGAGGGGCUGAGCACAUGCCUUUGAGCACCAUGAGGAUCUGAAGGCAGACUAUAGGAUGGCAUCAUUCAUCCAACAUAUAUCUUGCUGCACUUGGAGCAUCCAGGGGCUUUGGUGUACAAGCCACCAUGCAGGAGCUUGUGAACAGGUCCAGUGGUGCAGAUGAGCCAAAUCCUAGAGCUGCCUGAGUCCCUGGUAGCAGCAGGGCCAGAGGAAAGACAUAAGACCCCAUUUACAGAGGCAUUGUAUUGAUAGUUUGUCCAGGGUGAUGGCCCCAGUUAUAAAUACACUUCUUGGCAUUCACCAAAGGGAAUGGCUUUAAUCUGCACCUCUCUCUCCAGUUUUGCAAGAAGAAAACACCUGCAAAUGUUGCACUGUGAGAGAGUGGGGCAUCCCCCCAGUGACAAACCAGCCCCUUAUUGCCUUCCCCAGCGGCAGAGGGAACCAUCACUGUUCCUUGUGCCACUGCUCCCAGGGCUGGAUCUCACCUGCCGCAGUUGUGGAGGGGGUCACUCAUCUCUCCUCCCCUCUUGCCCCAGUUCUGGCAAGAUUCAGGAAAGGGACCUUUGUGCAAUAACAGUCAGAAUCAGGGCUUGGUCCCAUUCAGUCCCAGCAGUGUGGAUGGAUGAAGGAUGUGUGCAUACAGGUUACAGCCUUGUGGUGUCCCUAAGGGGCCCAAGUCAGGAAAGCUUUUGUGCAGUUGAUCCAGCACUUUCAUAUUUGUAUUUUCUUGCCUCUCAAGAGAGGGAUGAGAUGUAGUUCUUCCAGCAACAUCAGCUUUUGAUUCACUCUUCAGGGCAAUCAGCUGUUCCCAUGAUCCCCAGCUAAACCACUGGUGACACUUGCUUUGGGAAGGAGGUGAUGCAGAGUUGCCCACUCUGUAUCUCUCAGCAGCCUGGCUUGUUGUAACUUCCAUUCCCCAAGCAAGAUCCCUCCUUGCCAGAUGUUGCUGGGGAGAGACAGCAAGAGGAGAAACACUACAGUGGUGAUAAACCUCACCUGCUGCUUCAGCUGGAAGGGGAAUCACGUAGGCGUGAUCCAGGCAUGACAGGCAUUGCAGGGGUGGCAGCAGGAUGAUGAUUUAAGGAUGGGAUUUUUGAAAGCACUUUUCCCGAGGAAGCCAGGAGGAGCAAAUCAAUGCCCACAUUCUUUACAUCCUUUCCCAAAUUGACAAGCACUUUGGUAGGGAAGUGACCCUUCAGCAGAAAGGUCAGAGCCUCUCUGCUCCUUCCAGCCUGGCUUCAGGGAGAGGAAGGUCCAUGGUCAGUGCCUUUGAUGAAAUGUGUCCUUUCACCCAAGAAUUAUCUGCAGCUCACCAGAAAGAAAAAGAAACCAGUCACAUUGAUCUAGGGAAGGCUUGUCCCUCUGUCUAGCUCAGCAAUGGCAUGUGGCCUGGGGAAGCUGUGUUUGGAAAUGAGGUUACCAAACAAAAAAGUUGAAAAAACAACAACAAUAAAAAAACCCUAAUAAUCCCCAAGCCCCUAGCACAGCAGGGGUUACAGCCCCCACUCAGCCAGUUUUCUUAAGAAUUACCUUCUAGGAAAUGAACACAAGGAAACCUACCCAAAGAAAUCCUUCCCCAAGAACUGGGCAGCCUUCCCCAAGAACAUAGCUCCUGGUAGGCUGCUUAGCUGUGCGGGAGCAGCCCCUGUUUGCAAGUGGGGAGAUGAGCCCAGAGGGAAGGAACCAGGAGCAAACCACCCUGGGUGAGCUGAGAUGUUGUUUGCACCAGCUGCAGCUCAGCCCUCCCAGUUCAGCUCCCACUGCUGGUGCUGAUCCCUCACCCUGCCCGUAAGCUACUUUAUAUUGACCCAGUUAGGUUUCACCAUGUCCCAGAGGAAUUCUUCCUUCACUGACCCGAUUAGUAACGAGCAGAGCUGCUGCCAAGGGAAAUGUAAUUAUGCUUUAUUUCCAAAAGGCAGGUACCAUUUGCAGGGAGCACAGACAGCCUUAGGAACGUCGCUGUGCAGAGCCACACCGGAGACCGCUCUGCCUUUAGGGAUGGGUGGCACUCCUGACUGAGCAAUAGCAACGUGUAACUACUGUAUAUACCACCACCUGUAGCACUGAGAGACCAUUCCCCACUGCCCAGGCCAUCACAUUUUCUAUUUAGCCUGUUCUUUUUAUACCACUCACCUUAGGCCACUGCCAGCACACACUCAUGGAGAUCACACUUAAUUUUCCGAGUAAUUUCUGAGCUUGUCUCUCUUGUUCCAUUGUGCUCCAGUUCAAUAAAAUACAUUUAUAAAUAUAUAUAUAUACAUAUAUAAAAACAUAUAUACAUACACAUGUAUUUUCAGUGGGAAAAAAAAAAACAUAUACAAGUUUAGGAUUCUUAAAGGAAUACAAUGUAUAUUGCAACUAAUAAUAAAGUUAUGUUUUCUGAACA